AUGACGGAGGCAAAGAUUGAUACCUUUGUGAGGAAUCUCACUAAUGAGAAAUGGGAAGUUGCGAAGAGAGCAAAUGUCGCCGUCGAGCUGCGAGAUACUAUGGAAACCUUUUGCUCUGGUCCUAGCUAUUCUAUAUUUCUGACGAAGCUAUGGCCUGUUUUCAAGAAUCUUUUGAAGGGGGACCCGGUAUUCACAACUUCCUCAUUCGAUCAUAAAUUACGAAACUGCCUUCUCGAAACGUUGCAUCGUCUGCCCACAGCUUCGCCCGAUGUCGAGCCCUUCGCAGUUGACAUGGUGGAUACCUUGAUGCAGCUCGUCAGAGUUGAGAAUGAAGAAAAUGCCGUCCUGUGUAUGAAGACCAUCAUGGAUCUGGUGCGCAACCAGGUCAAGGCAACAGCGUCGCGAGUCCAGCCUUUCCUCGAACUCAUCCAGGAGAUGUUUCAGGGUAUGGAGGAAGUGGUGCGGGACACGUUCGAUACACCAGCACAAGGCACAACACCUGGUAUGCCUUCGACACCGGGUGCCGUUUCUCAAACCUUUCAAUCUCCGCGACCAUCUUCUCCCAGUACCUCAGUCUCAGAGCUGGGUUCCGAUCAACAGGCGAAUCAUCAUCUUCAAAAGGGAAUGCAGUCGUUCAAGGUGUUAGCCGAAUGCCCCAUCAUUGUCGUUUCUAUCUUCCAGGCGCAUCGUACCACGGUAAAUGCCAAUGUAAAGCUAUUCGUCCCGCUGAUCAAGAGCAUCUUGCUCCUACAAGCUAAACCACAGGAGAGAGCACAUGCGGAAGCCCAUGCUCAGGGAAAACUGUUCACUGGGGUGUGCAAGGAGAUCAAAAAUCGAGCUGCUUUUGGCGAAUUUAUCACCGCUCAAGUCAAAACAAUGAGUUUCCUUGCCUAUCUUCUCCGUAUGUAUGCAAAUCAUUUGCAGGAUUUCUUGCCAACGCUUCCUGGAGUUGUUGUUCGGCUGUUGCAAGAUUGUCCACGUGAGAAGUCCAGCGCGAGGAAGGAGCUGCUGGUCGCCAUCCGUCACAUCAUCAACUUUAACUAUCGACGGAUAUUUCUUGUUACAAUCGACCAGCUCUUGGAUGAGCGGACACUUAUCGGAGAUGGUUUGACGGUUUACGAGACUAUGCGACCUCUUGCAUAUAGCAUGCUUGCCGACUUGAUUCACCAUGUGCGAGACCAUCUUACGAGAAACCAGAUUCGCAAGACUGUGGAAGUAUACACCAAGAAUCUUCAUGACGAGUUCCCAGGAACCAGUUUCCAGACAAUGAGUGCAAAGUUGUUGUUGAACAUGGCUGAGAAAAUCUCGAAGCUGGAAGACAAGCAAGAUGCCCGGUACUACCUUAUCAUGAUUCUAGAUGCCAUUGGAGACAAAUUUGCCGCUAUGAAUUACCAAUUUGAUAAUGCCGUCAAAGUUUCCCGCGCAAACAAAGAGCGUACAGACUCAACUCCUGAGAACUAUCUUUCCGAUCGCGACUCGCCUCCAGACUGGGACGAAAUCGACAUUUUCACAGCUGUUCCCAUCAAGACUUCUAAUCCUCGCGAUCGAGGUGGUGAUCCAGUUUCGGACAAUUUGUUCCUGUUCAAGAACCUGAUCAAUGGCUUGAAAAACAUCUUCCACCAAUUGAAGAAUUGCAAUCCGACACACAUACAAAUCGAUCCCAGUAACACACCGAUUAACUGGCCAGAGGUGUCGUAUGGUUACAAUGCCGAAGAGGUCAAAGUCAUCAAGAAGCUCUUCCAUGAAGGUGCCCGUGUCUUCCGUUACUACGGCGUCGAUCAACCUGCACCUGACAUCAACUACUCUUCUUCAUUUGAGUACCUUGCCAGCCAGUAUACUGCUCCUAUGGGCCCUCAAGAGAAGGAACUUCUUGAGAGCUUUGGAACAGUAUUCCAUUGCAUUGACACGGCGACCUUCCAUGAAGUCUUUCACAGUGAGAUUCCUUAUCUUCACGAAUUAAUGUUCGAGCACCCUGCUCUCAUUCACUUGCCACAAUUUUUCCUUGCAAGUGAAGCAACCUCUCCUGCCUUCUCUGGUAUGGUCCUCCAAUACCUGAUGGAUCGUAUACAAGAAGUCGGAACGUCAGACAUGGCAAAGGCCAAGAUUCUCCUGAGGAUGUUCAAAUUGUCUUUCAUGGCCGUCACUCUUUUCUCAAACCAAAACGAGCAGGUUCUCUAUCCCCACGUCACCAAAAUUGUCACGAAAUGCAUCGAGUUAUCUGUGACCGCCGAAGAGCCAAUGAAUUACUUCCUUCUGCUACGUUCACUCUUCCGCAGCAUCGGUGGUGGGAGGUUCGAAUUGCUAUACAAGGAAUUGCUUCCACUAUUGGAGAUGCUUUUGGAGACUUUUAACAAUCUUUUAUUGGGCGCUCGCAAGCCUCAAGAACGCGAUCUCUACGUCGAGCUAACUUUGACUGUGCCGGCACGUCUAAGUCAUCUCCUUCCUCACCUUAGUCAUUUAAUGCGCCCAAUCGUGGUUGCUUUGAGAGCAGACUCGGAUUUAGUUGGGCAAGGAUUGCGUACUCUUGAAUUGUGCGUGGACAAUUUAACAGCCGAUUACUUGGACCCCAUCAUGGCGCCUAUCAUGGAUGAAUUGAUGACCGCACUCUGGGAUCACUUACGACCACACCCUUACAGCCAUUUUCACUCCCACACGACGAUGCGGAUCCUGGGUAAAUUGGGUGGUCGCAACCGCAAAUUCUUGAAUCACCCACCAGAACUGUCUUUCCAGCAGUUCGCCGACGAAGUUCCUAGUUUUGAUGUCAGGUUGAUCGGACCAAACGAGAAGCGACCGUUCCCAGUCGAGAUUGGCGUCGAUGUAGCCUACGCAAAGCUGAUGGAAAUCCCAAAGACACCCGCAGCAAAAGCUUCAGACGCAUAUUACAAGCAGCAGGCUUUCCGUAUGCUCAGCUCUCAGCUGAAGCUUUAUAUUGGCUAUGACAACCUGCCCGAGGACCUUGCAUCCCUUAUUCGCCUUCAAGCCGAUGAUCUUUUGGAGAGCAAAAUCCAGGGGCCUGCUGACAUAUUUGAUAAAUCCGAGAGAUCCAGCUCGAUCCCGAAGAAGCUCAUCCAAGAGGAAAGCUUGAAAAAGCUGCUCAAGGCAUGUUUCUUUGCGACUUCCAUUCUCGAUCUUGAGCAAACUGCGACCAGCUUUGUUGCAGAUGUCUGCCGUCAUGUAGUCGUUGUUGAAGUGGGUCGAGCAUUGGCACAGGCUAGACAUACUCGACGACCGUUUGAUGUGAACAGUGGCGAAGGUCCUGUCUACUUGGAUUCUCGUUUGCUUGCGAAUGUCAUCGUGGACUGUUUGUCAUCUGACGAUGCCAAAAUGCGAGACUCCGCCAAACGGGCUAUGGAAGACAUCAAGGCGGCUGCUGGUGUCAUCUUCGGCGGUGCCGACAAAGCUGCCAAGUUACCAUUCUGGCAACACCUGGGUCGUGUGUUCUGCCAUAGCUGUCACAGCGAAGAAUGGUUCACUAAAGCUGGAGGUAGCCUAGGUAUCCAUCUUCUGGCUACCGAGCUAGACUUGGGUGAUAGCUGGCUAUUUGAGCGACAAUCCGACUUUGUCCGCGCCUUGAUGUAUGUCAUCAAAGACACGCCUGCUGAUCUUCCUGCAAGUACUCGUAUCAGAGCACAGGCAACCUUGGAGCUUAUUCUUAGACGGUGCAACAAGGGCAUCUCAAAGGAUGACUUGAAGAACGAAAAGAGUCGUCUCUAUAUGCUCUGUGGCUUUUUCAUCUAUGAGUUGUCACACAUGAAUAAGCACGUUCGAGAGACGUCACAGAAAUCAUUUUCCACACUUGCCGAAGUAAUUGGCUGUGAGGCGCAUGAGCUCAUGCUACCGGUCAAGGACCGUCUGCUACAAUCGAUCUUCAAUAAACCUCUCCGAGCUCUUCCUUUCCCUGUGCAAAUUGGAUUCAUUGACGCCAUUACGUUCUGCCUUAGUCUCCACAAGAACAUUGUUGUCUUCAACGAGGCCCUGAACCGCUUGAUGUUGGAGUCCCUGGCUUUAGCUGAUGCAGAGGACGAAUCUCUAGCCUCCAAGCCAAAUGAGUUCAAAAAUGCGGAUAUGAUUGUCAAUCUUCGAGUAGCGUGUCUUCGCCUACUUUCGAUGGCCAUGAGUUUCCCCGAAUUUGGUGCUGGUCCUAACGCUAGUAGCCGAAGCAGGGUCAUUUCUGUCUUCUUCAAAUCUUUGUAUUCAAAAUCUCCGGAGAUCAUUGAAGCUGCAAAUGCUGGCCUGCGCGAUGUACUCACACAGACAAACAAGUUGCCGAAAGACCUGCUUCAGAAUGGUCUUCGCCCUAUCCUCAUGAAUCUACAGGAUCCCAAGCGGUUGACUGUUGCUGGUCUCGAUGGCUUGGCUAGACUUCUGACCCUGCUGACCAAUUACUUCAAGGUUGAAAUCGGACAGCGUCUUCUGGAGCACAUGAAAGUCAUUGCAGACGACGCCACGCUACAAAAAGUUUCGUUCAACCUUGUCGAGCAGAAUCCGGUGAUGAAAAUCGUCGCUUCAAUCUUUAACAUUUUCCACCUUCUUCCGCCUGCAGCCACGACUUUCAUGGAGAGCUUAGUCAACAAGGUUAUUGAUUUGGAAGAGAAGCUACGUCGUACUUCGAACAGCCCAUUCCGCAAACCUCUCGUGAAGUACCUGAACCGUUAUCCCAAGGAGAGCUGGGCUUUUUUCCAACAGCGCUUCAAUGACGAGCGUUAUGGUCGCUUUUUUGGCCAGGUGCUAGCUGAUUCGGACAGCGCAGUGCUUCGAUCUGCCGUCAUUGCAGACACCGAAGGCUUCAUGAAUGCAGCUUUCGGUACAGAGCCAAGCGAUGAAAAGAACACAGCAGCAAUCAAUGCGAUAUACGUCGUUCAUUCUGUUUGUACGCACGAACCGAUGAAGAAAUGGCUCUUGAACCAGCCUAGUCUUCGACCGAAGCUACUUAGUGUUGGCCGAGAUCUUGAGAUCAAAUUGCGAAACGACAAGCUUCCCGCUAGCGAGCGGUUGAGAGUUGAGCAGGCCGAGGAUCAGUUGAUGGACGUUUUCACGAUCUAUCUAGCCGAUUCACUUCAAGAUCUCGACUUCCUAUUUGAGGUUAUUGGCGGGUUGUCCGCUGACGAGUUGAAGAGGACUCUUGCUUUCCCGAAAUUCAUUUACAAGCACAUCAUAACAAAUGAGUCCAUUGAUUAUAGGAGGUCUGUCAUUAUGAGAUGUCUUGACUUAUAUGGGCAACGUACGUCAUCUCAGAGGAUGAAAACAUACGCCUUCCAUAACCUCGUGAAUCCCAUCUUUGCCAUGGAUGUACAAGCGAACUGGAACAGUCCACCAAACAUUCCCAAACUGAUGGACAAGAGUAUGACGGAAUCGAUCCAGAAUCGUUUAUGGCGACCACAGGUUGGCGAUAUCACAGAGGAAUCAAAUCAGCCCGGUGUGGAUCAUUCGCGCAUGGAGCUCCUACAGCUGUCUGCCCUUUUGAUCAAAUAUCACUCUCAAACUGUCCAGGAGUCGCGCAAGGAUAUCAUCAAAUUCGCGUGGAAUUAUAUCCGUCUAGAAGAUAUCAUCAACAAGUACGGCGCGUACGUGCUUAUCAGCUACUUUAUUGCUUAUUAUGAAACUCCCUUCAAGAUCGUGAUCCAAGUUUAUGUGGCUCUAUUAAGAGCGCAUCAAAACGAAGGCAAAGCUCUAGUGACCCAGGCUCUUGACGUUCUUGCUCCUAUCAUGCCCACAAGGAUUGCAGCGCCCAAUCCAACUUCGCAACAGGCGCCCGAUCUCCGAUACCCAAUCUGGGCUAAGUGGCCGCGUCGCAUUCUCGCAGAAGAGACGGCGAACUUGCAGCAAGUCAUGAGUAUCUUCCAGUUCCUCGUCCGACAACCAGAACUCUUCUAUGAUUCUCGAGAACACUUCAUUCCUCUUAUCGUGCCAUCGUUGAGUAAAAUUGCUGCUCCACCAAAUCCUUCGAGCGAAAGCAAAAAAUUGGCUCUCAAUCUCAUUGGACUCAUCUGGCACUGGGAAGAGAAGAGAGUCCGUGCAAGUAACCCUGGGGGUACCGCAUCGGAAUCCCCAAACUCGAGAAAGCGCAAACUCGAUGAAACUUCCCAACCCGAGUCCCUUUCCUUGCCAUCAAAGACUGAGUACAGCGUCCCGCCAGAAAUGCGAGCGGCGCUCAUCAAGUAUCUGAUUACCUUCAUAACCACACUUCCCGAGCGGUAUCCUGUCCCAGCAUUCAAGCUUCGCGAUCUUACUACAGUGAAGCCUCAACCUCCAGUUGUCACAGGAGACAUGGUCAAGAAAGCGAUGCAGCUAUUGACAAAUCUACUUCAACCGGAAUAUUGGGGCGAUCUGGAUAUCGAUUUGUAUCCAAAAGUCACCGAGCCGAUCCUCACGGGCGAGAAAGCCGAGAAACCUGAUGAGAAGCAAACGACUAGCAUGAUUAAUACUUUGCAAAUCCUCCGUGUACUCAUUGCGUCUAAGCCGGAUGAAUGGAUUAUCAACAGGUUGCCAUUGAUUCAAAAGCUCUUUGAGAAGCCAUUACGCUCGGAUAAUCCGGAGAUUCAGGACUGCUUGCAUGGCACAGACGAAGAUGCGAACUUGUCUCCCAAAAUUUCACCUCCCAUCAAGCGAGUGUUAGACGCUCUUCCUGAAGAUCAGCCAGAGGAGGAAGAUGGUAUGGACAUGGAUAGUUCUCCGUCAGAAUUCGUGACUUUCUUGUCUGCGAUCGCCACCGAGGGACUCUCUAACAACAACUACGUCUCCAGUCUCAACGUGUUAUGGACUCUAUCCUCAAGCAGACCCGCAGAAAUCGAUGCACAUAUUCCUCAAGUGAUGAAAGCCUUCUCCCAGAAAUUAGCAAAGGAACACGUUGCUGCUUAUGCUACCAACAUACCUUCUGGUCAGCUUCCUGGAAUCAAGCAGGGAGAAAAUGGUACUUCGGAUCAACAGGAGUUUGAAAUUGGGGUUGACCUCAUUUUGAAAACUAUUGAUGUGAUCUCCAUUCGCAUGUCCAAUCUUGGUGACCAACGCCGGCCGUUCCUUAGUGUUCUUGCCCAACUUGUUGAGCGGUCACAAAACAUCAAACUCUGCAGCAAGGUGCUUGGAAUGGUUGAAUCUUGGAUUUUCCACUCCACAGAGUCAUGGCCAACGCUUAAAGAAAAGACCGCUGUUCUCCAUAAGAUGUUGCUCUUCGAAACUCGUCCCGAUCAAACAAUGCUCAAGAAGUUCCUCAAUUUGGUCAUUCGCAUCUAUGAGGAUAACAAAAUCACACGAACUGAACUAACAGUCAGACUGGAGCAUGCUUUCCUGAUCGGUACGCGUGCCCAAGAUGUGGAAAUGCGAAAUCGAUUCAUCACAAUCUUCGAUAAGAGCUUGACUCGCACAGCCAGCUCUCGACUAAGCUACGUCAUGACUUCGCAGAAUUGGGAUACACUUGCCGAUUCGUUCUGGCUGGCACAAGCUGGGCAUCUUCUCAUGGGUUCUGUGGACAUGAACACGCCUGCUCGGUUAUUACCCGAUGAUAUGACCGUGUAUCCGAUAUCAUUCCUGUUCAGUGCCGCCGAACAAGAUCCUAGAAAAGCAGAUGUGAUAGUCGACAAUCAACUAGAGAGCCUUGUCGCUGAGUGCAAACGUUUUGCUGCUGACAUUGGAGACGUGAGAACACGGGAUCUCCUUGAGCCUCUGUGCCAGCUCCAGCAUACCGAUCCCAAGACAUCAUACAAGCUGUGGACUACCUUGUUUCCCACGAUAUGGUCAACCUUGUCAAAAGAUGAACGCAUUGAUCUAGAGAAAGGCAUGGUCACUCUUCUUACUCGAGAGUACCAUCAGAGGCAGAUUGAUAAGAGACCCAACGUUGUGCAGGCACUUCUUGAGGGAGCUGUGCGGUCCACGCCUCGGUUCAAAGUUCCACCACAUGUCAUGAAGUUCUUGAGUAGGACAUAUGACGCCUGGUAUACAUCCGCAGUGUACUUAGAAGAAUCUGCAAAUAAACCCACCAUCGACACUCCUGUAGUGCGAGAAAGCACCCUUGAUGCACUUGUUGAGAUAUUCGCUGGUCUUCAGGAGGACGAUUUCUUCUAUGGUACCUGGCGAAGACGAUGCAAAUUUGUGGAGACAAACGCAGCCUUGUCCUACGAACAACAUGGCAUGUGGGACAAGGCCCAGCAAUUGUACGAGAACGCUCAAAUCAAGGCUCGCUCCGGCGCCAUGCCAUUCUCACAGGGAGAAUAUUACCUCUGGGAAGAUCACUGGCUCAUCUGUGCUCAGAAGCUCCAGCAGUGGGAAAUCUUGAGUGACUUUGCCAAACACGAGAAUCUCAACGAUCUUCUUCUCGAAGCAGCCUGGAGAAACAUUGAGAACUGGCAGAGUGACAACAACCGCGAACAGUUGGAUUCCCUUAUCAAAUCGGUCUCUGAUGCUCCCACUCCACGUCGCACAUUCUUCCAAGCCUUCAUGUCGCUACUCAACUUCCACCUUAAGAAGGACGGUAUUCAGGAGUUCAACAAUAUCUGCGACGAGUCAAUCCAACUGUCCAUUCGCAAGUGGCACCAACUUCCGAAGAGGAUCACCAACGCCCACAUUCCGAUUUUGCAGCACUUCCAACAACUAGUCGAGCUGCAUGACGCUAGUGUGAUUUGCAACAGCCUGUCUCAGACAAAUGAACGGAACUUGGACACCAAAUCAGCCGAACUGAAGUUGCUUUUGGGUACCUGGCGAGACCGAUUACCCAAUGUCUGGGACGAUAUCAAUGCCUGGCAGGAUCUGGUUACAUGGCGUCAACACAUUUUCCAACUGAUCAACGCUACCUAUCUCGGCUUGCUGCCACCCCAGACAAACAAUGUCGCAAGCAACUCAUACGCCUAUCGCGGUUAUCACGAGACGGCGUGGAUCAUCAAUCGAUUUGCUCAUGUUGCUCGUAAACAUCAAAUGCCAGACGUUUGCAUCAAUCAAUUGAGCCGGAUUUAUACUUUGCCCAACAUUGAGAUUCAAGAAGCUUUCUUGAAAUUGAGGGAACAAGCGAAGUGCCACUAUCAAAACCCCAAAGAGCUUUCCAGUGGCCUCGAUGUUAUCAACAACACCAACCUCAAUUACUUUGGUGCACAGCAGAAAGCCGAGUUCUACACUCUCAAGGGAAUGUUUCUGGCAAAAUUGAACAAUGUUGAAGAAGCUAAUGACUCGUUUGGUGUUGCACUCUAUUACGAUCUCAAGCUUGCGAAAGCAUGGGCAGAAUGGGGACAGUUCAAUGAUCAACGUUUCAAGAUGGACCCAACAGACUAUGAGCUCGCAGGCAACGCAGUCAGCUGCUAUCUCGAAGCUGCUGGACUCUACAAGAACGCCAAAUCUAGGAAAUUGCUCAGUCGUAUCCUUUGGUUGCUCAGCCUUGAUAACGAAGAAGGCCGUGUCUCAAGUGCGUUUGAAAAUUUCAAGGGCGAUACUCCAGUGUGGUAUUGGAUCACAUUCAUCCCACAGCUUCUCACAAGCCUUAGUCGUCGUGAGGCCCGUCUGUGCAAGGCGGUGUUGGUCAAGAUUGCCAAACUUUAUCCACAAGCCUUGUUCUUUUUGCUUCGCACGAAUAGGGAAGAUAUGAUCAGUAUCAAGAAGACACAAGAGGCGAAGCAAGAGAAGCUCAACAGGGCUAAGCAACAGGCAUCGCCCAAUACGAAGGUGGAAGCCGCACGACCUGGAACUGCGGCCGGUGAAGAGAAUCCACAGUCUUCUCCUGCUGUUGCCAAUACUGCUACCCCUCAGAAUGCUGCUGCUCAGCCUAAUGGCCAGCCUCACGCACAGGCUUCAGCACCAACCCAGAGUCCAGCACAGCAACAGACACCAGCACAAGGACAAGUUCAAACUCAACCCCAGCAACAGAACCAGGCUCAAGGACAGGCUCCAGCUCAGAAUUCCGCACAGCCCGCAAAUCCUGGAGAAGCGGAGAAGGAGCCUCUCAAGAAACCAUGGGAGUACUCGGAGGAGAUUAUGGCAGGCUUGAAGACAGCUUUCCCGCUGUUGGCACUUUCGAUGGAGACCAUGGUUGAUCAAAUCCAAAAGAACUUCAAAUGUCCCCCUGAUGAAGAUGCUCAUCGCUUGAUCGUGGCAUUAUUGAACGAUGGCCUUGCAUAUGUCGGCCGCACACCUGUAGCUUACGCUCAAGAUUUCAAGCUACCGCCUGCCACGGAAGCCAAUAUCACCMGAUUCGCCGAGACUAUUCUUCCUGCGCAUAUUCGCAAAUCUUUCGAAGCCGAUUUUGUGGUUAAGAAGAUCACAAUGUUCGAGUAUGUGCAGAAACUGCGACGUUGGCGCGACAAAUUCGAAGAAAAGCUUGAUCGCCGUCCACAGUCGCAGUCUCUCGAAGUGUACUCUCCUCAUCUCAGCGAAUUUAGAUUCUUGAAGUUUGAGGAAGUCGAGGUUCCUGGACAGUAUCUCUUGCAUAAGGAUAAGAACCAAGACUUUGUUCGCAUCGACCGCUUCUUGCCAGAUGUGGACUUGGUUCGGGGCAUUGGUGUUUGUCAUCGCCGUCUCAAGAUUCGCGGUCUUGAUGGAAGCAUUCAUCCUUUUGCUGUUCAACACCCUGCAGCCCGCCAUUGCCGCCGUGAAGAGCGCAUUCUACAACUCUUCCGCAUCUUCAACGGUGUUUUGGCCAAGCGUAAAGAAAGCAGACGUCGCAAUCUUUACUUCCAUCUGCCGCUGAUGGUUCCCGUUGCUCCUCAUAUUCGCUUAGUACGCGAUGAUCCAUCAUACAUUUCCAUGCAAGGCAUAUACGAAGACUACUGUAGGCGAGAAGGCAUUAACAAAGAUGAGCCUGUGCUUUUCACAAUGGAAAAGAUGCGCGGGCUUGCUGAGAUGAAACAGAGCCGUUCUAUGGAACAACAGCAUGUACUUAGAACGGAAAUCCUCACUGCAAUCCAGGAGAAAUGGGUACCAAAUACGGUCAUGUUGGAUUACUUCCAAAAGACUUACCCGAACUACGCGGACUUCUGGUUGUUCCGUCGCCAAUUCUCAUACCAGUACGCUACCAUUUGUUUCAUGACCUAUGUCAUGCAUAUUGGCAACCGGUACCCUAACAAGAUUUCUAUUUCUCGUGCCACGGGUGACAUUUGGGGCUCUGAGUUGAUCCCAAGCAUCAACCCAACGAAGGCCUUCUUCUUCAACCCAGAACAAGUUCCUUUCCGUCUUACUCCUAAUAUUCAGACCUUGAUGGGACCUAUUGCUACCGAAGGUGUCUUUGCCUGUGCUCUUAUGGCCAUUGCUCGCUGUCUUACAGAGCCACGUCAUGAAUUGGAGCAACAGCUCAGUCUCUUUGUACGCGAAGAGAUGAUUUUUUGGGCUACGGCUCAUCAUCGUGGAAACGUCUCGGAAAAUCAGCUACGCGAGCUGGUCCAGAGCAACAGUGCCAUCAUCGUCAAUCGUGCUAUCAGCCUCGCUAGUCCCCCAGAGGGCAACUUGCCUGCCAACCAGACCACCAUCGAUCUCAUCUCGAAGGCCGUCAAUCCUCAAUCUCUGGCUGCUGCCGAUGCUCUCUGGAUGCCAUAUUUGUAA